AUUUUGUUUAAGGCAUAAAGCCAUCUCAAAAUGAUCCUCAUGGAGAGAGAUGAAGUCCGAUGGGACAGAUGCUGCCUCACCAAAAAUGUCCUCUCUGCUCUAACACAAUAUGACCAGUGCCUUGAUGAUGCUGUUAUUGUUGAUCAAAGCCCAAAGUGUGUCCUCUUUCCCAUCAUGCCCUUCUUCAUGUGUGGUCUGUUCUGAGGAGGCCGUCAUCUGCCAAAGACUCACUUCAAUUAUUGCUGCUCCACAGACGACUCAGGCUUUGCUGCUGACUGAGGGCUCCAUCUCCACAGUUCAACCGGGAGCUCUGUCGGAGCUCAGCAACGUCACUGUCAUCAGUUUAAGCCAUAAUCGUAUCUCUGUUCUGGAUCCAAACUCGUUCAGAAACAUGCCUCUCCUCCAGACUUUACUAUUGGACCACAACCUUCUGACCCUUCAGGCUUUAGAGGGGGGAGCUCUGACUAAUCUGACCCAGCUAGAGGUCCUAGCAUUGGGUAACAACCGCAUUGACAUGAUCAACCCUGACUUGUUCAAAGGCACAAGAUCUCUACGGAUUUUGAAAAUGGAGGGAAACCAGAUAACACAGCUGGAGUCUGGCUCUUUUCCACUGAUGGGUCUUCGUUUUUUGGAAAGUCUGGAUCUAUCUGAUAAUUUUAUUGAUUAUCUCGACAAAAACAGUUUCCGUGGUUUGAUUUCUCUAACGACGUUGGACUUAUCAAGAAACCGUCUCCAGAGCGCCUCCUAUGAGGCGUUCUCGUACCUGACGUGGCUGAACACCCUGAAUUUAGACCUGAACUCGUGGAACUGCUCCUGUCAGCUACUGGAACUUGCUGCUUUCCUCUCCUCGUUCAUACAGGAGCCAGAUAAGACUCUGUAUAACGGGCGUAGGAUGGUGUGUGUCAGUGCUGAUAAUCCUGCAGUGACCACAGUUUUGGAGCUCACGGAGGCAAACUGUGUCCUAUCCAAUCAGAACAUUACAGUGAGAGUGGACACUAGAGGCAGCAUCACCCCUCAGCUCUACGUUCGGGAUGUGGCCAUCACUGGAGCAGUCUGCUUUGCUGGUGGUGCCGGCUUGACUUUGCUGAUCGUCUUGAUCUAUUUUAAAAUUUCCAAGAAGAAGAAAAAGAAACGAGAACAAGACCAGGAACAAGUCAAAGAAGAAGCAUCAAGCACAGUGUCCAACCAUAACAGAAAUCAUAUUAAUAUGGCUGAAAAACAAAAGGACUUUAUUAAUGGGAAUGACACAAUGGAGGCUCCUGUUGGACCUAGAACAGAAGGUAAUGGUGCUCAGUUUCGUUGUCCUGAAUGCAGAGGAGAGGGACAUGUCCUAAACCCUGUCAGAUGGGAAAGAAUGAAUGGAAGAGUAGACACUUUGGAUGACAGAGAAAGACAAAGGAAAAGAGUAGAAGAAGAUGGGAGGAGGACUGGCCCGCAGCAAAGAAUCAUGGAAAGGGAAGCAAUGAACAGACAUUUCGUUGGUAAUAACGUUGACAUUGAAGGACAGAAUAGACAGGAUUUGCUACAUUGUGGGAGCUGUCAUAGGACAUACAGGCCAAAUCAAAUGGACCAUAACACAAGACAAACAAGAUAUCCUCCAAGAGGAAAUUCCGCUAUGUACGGUUUUCACCAACAAAGACCUAGUGACUCGGGAAGGAACAUUUUUUACAGUGAUUUUGACUUAAGAAAUUUGAAAAGAGAAACUCGCAAUGUUACUUUUGCUUUGGACAGUCCAAAAAGGAGUCAAGGAGAUGAUGGAGAAAGCGAAGAAACCACAUCACCAAGAGGGAAGGACGGACGGCAAGACAGGAGGAGCAAACUUCAAGCUAAUAGACCAAUUAAGGUUAAACUCAAUUUAAACCCGCUACGAAAAAGUAAAGUUCAUCCAAAGAAGAAAGCGGAUGAGAAAGGUAGUCCUAGAAAAAAUAAAGACAAAAGUGGGAACAAAGAGGGUCGAAAGAAGUCAAAAAAGUCUAAAGAUAAAGAAAUAAAGCCCAGUGAACAAAAUACAGGAGAUGAAACUGUAGCACAAAUGACCCCUCUAAACCCAAUGGCACAUAUGCAAGGUUUUUUAGGGGCUCAGUUCCGGGGAGGGGGUAUGCUUCUGGGGAAUCGUUCUACCAACCUACUAGGUUCAUCAGGACCUCAGUUACCCACCAGUAGCCUCCCAUUCCAAGCAGGUAAUUUAAUGGCGCAAGGAAAACCAAUGUUUCCAACUAGUCCUAUGGGGUCUAAUUUAAAUUUGAGCGGGCCUAGUAUGGGUCCUGGUGGCACCCCUACAAUGGCAUUCAUGAACAGCUCGAAUCUAUCUCUAGCUAAUGCAAUACAACCACAUCAAACUAACCUUAGUAUUGCAUCUUUACAAGCUUCACCGGCUACUCUACAAGCUAACGCCACACAAGGUAGCCCCACUACUUUACAGGCUAACGCUAGCACAUUUCAAUCUAGUGUUGUAGUUCAACAACCAAAUGCUAAUCUAUUACAAGCUAAUCCUACAAUGUCACAAGGAAAUACAGUUGUACAAGGUAGUAGUGGCACAAAACAAGCUAGCUCUACCAUCCUGCCAGCUAAUGCAACAUCUCAAGCUAGUAGUACUGCAAAACAAACUAGCCCUACUUUGUCAGCCAAUUCUUCUUCACAAAAUCUUCAAGCUCUUGCUACAUUAGCGCCUCCUCCUUCCUCAGCUACCUCAGGAGCUCAGUCCGGUUCAAAGUCAUCACCUAAAAGUUCACCGAGAGGAAAAUCCAAAAAUGUUCAAGAAACAGUGCCACAAAGCAGUAAUAAAACAAAUACAGGAACACUGGAAACACCAACAUCUCCACGUAAAGAAAGUGAAAGACCAAUUAUGACUGGUGACUCUCAAAAUGUGGCACCCCUAAAUACACCAGCUGCAACAAUGGUUAAAAACAUGUCAAAUACUAGCUUAACAGAGUCCGUACAUGGAGGAGCUAUGCACAAUGUAACUCAAGCAGAGCUACCUACAGGAGGGAUAACGGCUGUGGGUGGCACACAAGGAGCAGAUGUGUCUGUAUCAAAUGUCCAUGCUCCUACUGAGUCUAUAGAAAACAUUGCAUCCACAACACUCAUACAACAAGAAUACCUGUCUGAAGAUGGAGGUACUUCACCAAAAAGGAAACUAAGACUGGUGAUCCCUGAGAAGACAACUAACAGACCUCUAACUGCGCUGGAGAGGAAAAUACGAUGA